AUGACCGGCCGCCCAGCUUGCAAUCGUGGUGGUUCUUCCGCCUCACUGUUUCAACCCAUGUCGUAUCUCAGCCUCGACAAGACCGAGUCCGAGCCAGUGGGAACGCCGACCGAGCCCAAGACUCCGGCGGAUUUACGGACUGUGCUUUCACAAGUCGUCGAUUGGUUUCAGGAAGAGAAAGACAGACGCCGGAAGCAUCGCCAUCAUCGUCGUUAUCUUCACCCACUUCAUCACCGAACACCAAGUCAGCCUACCGAGGACAAAUCUGACGAUGUUCCGGACGACAAUGACGCUGACAUCGCCCUGGACAAGCUUGAACAAAUCCUCUCAGGAUUUGCUUCCUCAUCCCUAGCAUCUUUACCCAAACAAUCGCACAAAUCGUCCAGCUCUCCCGCUCGAAAAGGGUCGAUAGCUAAGAAGUUCAAGCGAGGCUCUGUCGUCCCUGCAUCUUCCGACACGGAGUUCUUCGGGGAUGAUGUACUGGUGCCCAACGUGGAAGCCCACUUGGACAACUCAAAGACCAUGGCUUUCACUGGUGGUGCCGCCGACACGGAAGAUACCGACAACGGAAAGAAGAAAGACUACGAACAUUGGGUCCGUUUCAAGCAGGACAUUGUACGUUUGACACAUACUCUCAAGCUCAAAGGCUGGCGACGAAUCCCUAUCGAUCGAGCUCAAGACAUUGAAGUUGUCCGCUUGAGUGGAGCCCUCACCAAUGCAGUCUACGUGGUUCGGCCGCCGCAGAACAUGUCUGAGUACGAAAAUCCUGCUCCUACUCCUUCUGAUUCCUCAGCCGCACCCGCACCGGUUCCCAAGCGCCGUCCCAUCCAGCUGUUACUACGAAUUUAUGGUCCACAAGUCGAACACCUGAUUGACCGGGAGUCUGAACUCAUGAUACUUCGCCGUCUCGCCCGAAAGAAGAUUGGUCCUAAAAUGCUGGGGUCGUUCGAAAAUGGCCGUUUCGAGGAGUUCUUGCAUGCAAGGACGCUGACCGCCGAAGAUCUGCGUAUGCCCGAAACAUCCAAGCAGAUCGCCAAACGAAUGCGAGAACUUCACGAGGGAAUCGAGCUACUCGAGUCGGAACUCGAGGCUGGUCCUGCCGUGUUCCUGAAUUGGGAUAAAUGGGUUGACCGUGUCGAAAAGGUCAUCAUGUGGCUCGACAAUCAAGUGCAUCUGGCUGAAGCGGAGGCCAACGCCGGUACGCCUCGACGCGGCUCCGUUGUGAACCCAAGGUACAUACGGAGGGGUCUGAUUUGUGGUGUUGCAUGGCCGGUUUUCCGCAAGACGUAUGAAGCAUAUCGCAGACGCCUGAUAUCCGACAGCGGCGGAAUGGAAAAGAUCCGUGACCAACUGGUUUUUGCACACAAUGACACUCAGUAUGGCAAUCUUAUGCGACUUGAACCGUCAGGCACAUCACCCCUGCUUCAACCGGCGAACCAACACAAGCAGCUUGUAGUUAUUGACUUUGAGUAUGCUUCACAAAACAUGGUUGGAAUGGAGUUUGCCAACCAUUUCACAGAAUGGUGCUACAACUAUCACCAUUCCGAGUACAGCCAUGCCUGUGAUACGAGGAGAUAUCCCAGUGAAAGUGAACAAUACCGGUUUGUGCGGGCGUAUGUCAUGCAUCGACCGCAGUUCGCAGCGGCGGCGAGCGCGACGCCGAAGAUGGAGGGGCGGGAAAAGACAAAUAUCAGCGAUUUUAUGCUCGACGCGAGGGCACCACCGGGAGGUUCAGGGACAGGUGCGGAGGUGGACUAUGACUCAGAAGAGAAAGAGCGAGAGAAGGCUCAAGAGGAGGACAUCCAACGCUUGCUGAAAGAGACUAGAGUCUGGAGGGCAGCCAACUCUGCGCAAUGGGUGGCUUGGGGCAUCGUGCAGGCCAAAGUACCCGAGCUGGACGCGCUAGAGAAGAGAAAGAGCAUGAAAGGUCGGGCUGGCGCGGCCGUGGACAAGGCAAAAGAGAUGGCGGGUGCGGCGAGAGAUUUCUACACGCAGCAAAGGGAAAACUAUAACAGACGCCUGCAUCCUUUAUCCGAUCCAAUGAACGAGGAAGAUAAGAGACUGCGAGAGGAGAGCCAGCAGGACAGACCCGAAGGUAGGAUCCAAGAGGAAGCGCAUCGUGAGGGCGAUGAGAAUGUCGCAGUCGCGGAGAAGGGUGAAGGCGACAGUGAGAUUGUUGAGUUCAAUGGUGAAGAUGAAGAGCCGCACGAGGACGAGUCGUCUCUGAGUGUUUACAGAUCAGAUUUUACCAGGUAUCUAGAUACCAUUUCCGUGGCUUCGUAG